CUGCUGCCCCAGGGGACCGGACCGCAUGGACACAGCACCCAGCCCCAUUACACGUCACUUGCAGGGUGUUUGUGCUCUGCCCUGGUGAAUGUCCAGUGUAAAAGCAAAGCCACAUCAGCCAGGUGGGCAGUAGCUGAAGGGUGACUUCCAGUAGACCUAGGGACCAGAGGAGGGUUCUCGCUGUUCUGUGGAGCUCUGGGCCUCACCCGGUGCUCCUGCUGGCCCCUGUGACCCAGGGUAGGCCAGGCUCAGUCAUACUGUGCACAGCUGACAGUCAAGAUGGAAACAGCCUGACGGGCCGGCUGGGGACAGAGAGGCUCAGAUGAGACCCAGCCAGGGUCCCUGGGGCACGGCACCUCACCCCCUGUGGGGUUGUUGGGGGACUAAAUGGCUCACCCACCGGGUUUGUGGCUCACUGCCAGCCCCACGUGGGCACUAAGCCUCAAACGACAAGAACGCUGGGUUGGCCCUCGCUCCUGACCCCACAUCUCCUCCAGUCAAAGCCACUUGUCCCUACAGAAAGAACAGGCAUGGUUGGCCAGUGCAGGCUCGGUUUGCAUCUGUGUCCUAGUGUGACAGUAAGUGACCCCUUGUACAAGGAGCCCUGGUUUGCAUGGUCAGUGUCGGGAUGACCCUUCCAUGAGGGAACACAGCAGACCUGAGCUCCAGCUGCCCUAGGCAGGCAGUGGCUGACUUUUCUGCCCUGUCACCCACCUGCAAUGUUUCUUUGCGUCACAGACCUGGUGGUAGCUGGUGUUGGCGCUUCAGAGGGAAGCAAAAGAAGACACUGAGUCCUUGGCCUGUCUUCUCAGUCCCCUCUGGGCAGGAAUACUCCUCUACAGAAACGAGGAAACUGAGGCUAGGAACAGCAAUGCUUUCCUAGCCGGCCACCGCGGAAUGGAGAGCUUCAAAGACUCAGGGACGCAGACGGACGCCGUGGUGGUGCUGUCCUUGGCUCAGGCUGCCGUGCUGGGCCUGGUCGCGGAAAAUGAGCUCUUUGGAGCCACCAUAAGCGCUGAGGUCUUCUACCCGGACCUGGGGCCGGAUCCGUCUGGGGCCACCAUGGGGGAGCCUGGGCCACCAGGCCCGGAUGUCUACCAGCUGGCCUGCAACGGGCGGGCCCUGGAGGAGCCAGUGGAGGAGGAGGUAUUUGAGGUGGAGGCCGCCUUCGAGAAGCACACCCGCCGGAAGACACGACCCCCGGUACGGCUGCUGCCCAAGGUCAAGUUUGAGAAGGUGGAGGAGGAAGAGGAGCAGGAGGUCUACGAAGUGUCCGUGCCUGGCGAUGACAAGGAUGCAGGCCCAGCAGACGUCCCUGCUGCGGUGGCCAGUGGCGGCUGCGAGGCCCUGGUGCAGAGCAGUGCUGUCAAGAUGAUCGACCUCAGCGUCUUCAGCCGCAAGCCCCGGACUCUUCGGCACCUGCCGAGAACUCCAAGGCCAGAGCUGGACAUGGCCGCCUACGACCCUCCCUUCCCCGAGCCAGCCCGGGACGGCUUCCCCGAGCCCGGCAUGGCGCUGCCAGGGCCAGAGGCCUUGCCGGCCGAGUGUGGCUUCGAGCCGCCCCACCUGGCCCCCCUGAGUGACCCUGAGGCCCCCACCAUGACGUCCCCAGAGCCUGUCAAGCCAGAGCAGGGCUUCGUGUGGCAGGAGGCUGGCGAGUUCGAGGCCGAUGCUGCAGGCUCGACCGUGGAGCGGCACAAGAAGGCCCAGCUGGAUCGUCUGGACAUCAACGUUCAGAUCGACGACUCCUACUUGGUGGAGGCGGGUGACCGCCAGAAGCGCUGGCAGUGUCGUAUGUGCGAGAAGUCCUACACAUCCAAGUACAACCUGGUGACACACAUCCUGGGUCACAAUGGCAUCAAGCCACACUCGUGUCCGCACUGCAGCAAACUCUUCAAGCAGCCCAGCCACCUGCAGACGCACCUGCUGACGCACCAGGGCACGCGGCCCCACAAGUGCCAGGUGUGCCACAAGGCCUUCACGCAGACCAGUCACCUCAAACGUCACAUGCUGCUGCACUCCGAGGUCAAGCCCUACAGCUGUCACUUCUGUGGCCGCGGCUUUGCCUACCCCAGCGAGCUCAAGGCCCACGAGGUCAAGCAUGACAACGGCCGUUGCCAUGUCUGUGUCGAGUGCGGCCUGGACUUCUCCACCCUGACCCAGCUCAAGCGCCACCUGGCCUCCCACCAGGGCCCCACCCUCUACCAGUGCCUCGAGUGUGACAAGUCCUUCCACUACCGCAGCCAGCUGCAGAACCACGUGCUCAAGCAUCAGAACGUGCGGCCCUUUGUGUGCACCGAGUGCGGCAUGGAGUUCAGCCAGGUCCACCACCUCAAGCAGCACUCACUCACCCACAAGGGCGUGAAGGAGUUCAAGUGUGAGGUGUGCGGCCGGGAGUUCACCCUGCAGGCCAACAUGAAGCGUCAUAUGCUGAUCCACACCAGCGUCAGGCCCUACCAGUGCCACAUCUGCUUCAAGACCUUCGUGCAGAAGCAGACUCUCAAGACUCACAUGAUUGUACACUCGCCCGUGAAGCCAUUCAAGUGCAAGGUGUGUGGGAAGUCCUUUAACCGCAUGUACAACCUGCUGGGCCACAUGCACCUGCACGCAGGCAGCAAGCCCUUCAAGUGUCCCUACUGCUCCAGCAAGUUCAACCUCAAGGGCAACCUGAGCCGGCACAUGAAGGUCAAGCACGGCGUCAUGGACAUCGGCUUAGACAGCCAAGACCCCAUGAUGGAGCUGGCGGGCCCCGAUCCCUCUGAGCUUGACAGCCAGCAGGAAAUGGAGGACUUUGAGGAAAACGCCUACACCUACGCUGGUGUGGACGGCAGCUCCGAGGCCAGCGCCCUCACCGAACAGGCCAUGAAGGAAAUGGCCUAUUAUAACGUGCUAUAGCAUCAGCUGGCCGAGCGGCGGAGGGCCGGGGCAUGGGGGGGCUGCUGCCCAGGAACAAACUACUGUCCCCACUGUCCCCAGCCCUCCGUCCCAAGCCAUUUGCACCACUUGGGACCUUUAGACCAAAUGGAGACUACUGGCCUCGUCCCACCAAGGGAAGGGGUGCCAGGAGGCCCAGGUCUGGCCUCCUUGGCCUGCUGCUGUGGGUGGGUAGGGGACACACUGACGGGGCCACCUGGGCACAGGCUGCAGGGUCUCCCCAGACCCCUCAGUGCUCUUCAGGGUCCUGAUGCCACAGGAAGAGAUCACUUGAGCCCAGCAACUCCUCCCUCUAGGGAUGUCUGAGCUCCUGUGCUGGUCAGCACUGCCCUUCCCCACCCUGCCCAGCCCCAAGAGCCCCUUCCCCACCCAUCACUGAACAGCCAGGCAGGGCGCUCUGCCCUCUACCUCCCGGGCCUGCCUGUGCCCCACCCAGGUGUGCAUUCGGCCCUACCUUGGCCCUGACCUGUGGGAAAGCCAGAGGAGCCCAGCCCCCAGCCAGCACCCUCCCAUCAGCCCCCAGAAGGCCUCUGCCCUAUCGCCCUAUUUGAAAGUGACCCUCCCUAAAGUAGAUUUCAACAAAUGUCACCCAGUUCUGUCUUGAGUGGGGCACCACACUAUGGUUCCCCAUCAAACAGAAGCAGGACACACCUGGUGUCGGGCACACACUAACAGGUGGAGGCCCCUCUGGCCUGCGGGGGCAGAGCAGGGUGAUGUGGACCCAGAGGGGCUGUCCUCAAGGAAGGCCAAGGACCACCUGCAAGAAGAAAGAGCUAAGUCUUUUCUUAAGUGAGGAUGGGGUUACCCGAGACAGCAGGACCCCAGGAAAGGGCAACACAGUUAAAAAGGAAAAAAAGGAGACCAUAGAGGGAAAAA